GAAAACAAAAAAUAAUUAAAUUUUAGAGCCCAAUAAGCCCAUAUAUGAGAAAAGGAGACAAUUUUGAUUUACAAUCUUUAGUAAUUUAUUGAUGGAAGUCCAAAAACGAGGGCUUUCGAUCCACCUAAUCACCUCCCAUGACUCGCCCGAGUUCGCUCACCUGAACCACGCGUUGACUCACUCAUUCGUCAUCGGGCUCGACGCGGAAUGGAAACCCAAUCGCCAGGCUUCCACCUUCCCCGCCGUCUCCCUACUCCAAAUCGCAUGCCAACUCGUCAACGCGCCCGAGUUGGACUCGGACGAGUCGCCGAUUUUCCUCAUCGAUCUCCAAACCAUUCACAUGCCCCCGGUUUACGAGCUGUUGAAUCAAGUGUUUGUAGCGCCCAAUGUCUUAAAGUUAGGGUUCAGAUUCAAGCAGGACUUGGUUUAUCUGUCGUCUACGUUUUGCGAGCGGGACUGCGCUCCUGGUUUUGAUAGGGUUGAACCUUUUAUCGACAUUAGUGCAAUAUACAAUCAUCUACAAACCAAGCAACCAGGACGAAGGAUACCGAAACAAACAAAAAGUUUGGCAACAAUUUGUGAAGAAAUUUUAGGGAUUUCGCUCUCCAAGGAACUUCAGUGCAGUGACUGGUCGCAGCGUCCUCUAACAGAAGAGCAGAAGACAUAUGCUGCUGCAGAUGCACAUUGUUUGGUCAAGAUAUUUAAUUUGUUCCAUGCAAAGGUUGUCAGAGAAGGAAAAUCUUCUCAGCCAUCUGAUGUCGGUCCAGGGGCGGGGUUGAAGCAGAUACUCGAGAAAUCAAGUGGGGAUAACAUGGUAACAAGAGCCGCGCUUGUUGAAGCUUCAAAUAUGACCCGUAAAAUUAUGCCUGAAUUACAUAGCAUACAGACGACUGAGGAGGCUAAUUCCAUGAAGUCAAACAAUCUUAAUGAACAAGUAGAUAAUAGCUUCUUGCUGGUUGUCAGGAAGCAUGGUGAUAGAAUAUUGUUAAAGGAUUCUGACAGAAAGCCCAAAACCUCCAAAAAGAAAGCUAAAAAGAUUAUGUCGAAGCCCAAAACCAGUGAAAUUAUAGAAGAUUGGGAAGGCCCUCCUCCAUGGGAUCCAUCUACCGGAGGUGAUGCGUGCCCCAAAUUUCUGUGUGAUGUGAUGGUUGAAGGCUUAGCAAAGCACUUGCGUUGUGUUGGGAUAGAUGCUGCAGUUCCGCAUUUAAGGAGGCCGGACACCAGGGACUUAAUUGAUCAAGCACAAAAGGAGAAGAGAGUGCUCUUGACUCGGGAUGCCAAGCUUUUGAGACAUGAAUAUUUGAUAAAGAAUCAAAUAUACAGGCUAAAAAGUCUCCUUAAGAAUGACCAGCUACUUGAGGUGAUCGAGACAUUCCAGCUUAAGAUUUCUGAGGAUCAACUAAUGUCGAGGUGCACUAAAUGUAAUGGGAAAUUCAUCCAGAAACCUUUAACAACUCAAGAAGCUGUUGAAGCUGCUAAGGGAUUUCAAGUGAUUCCAAACUGCUUGUUUAACAAAAAUUUGGAAUUCUGGCAGUGCAUGGACUGUAAUCAACUUUAUUGGGAGGGUACUCAGUAUCAUAAUGCAGUCCAGAAGUUCAUCGAUGUAUGUAAGCUAAAUGAGCAACCUGAAGGUGAUGCUUAGUAAAGUUGUCCAUGAUCGUUCUUCAUACCGAGCAAUUGUUGUCAUGUUUGUAUGUUAUGGUUUAUUAGUUUUAGCAAAAUUUUAACUUAGAGCAUUCUACAUUGCCCUUCAUGAAAGCUGUGCGUUGAUAUUCACAAUCUUGGAUCCUAAUAUAGGAAAUUUUUGUCCUUCCGAGUAAUCUUGUUGGAGUUGUGUUUUGUGACGUCUACAGAUAAUUUAAAAGCAACCAAAUCCCAGAUCGUCAAA